AUGUGAUACAACAAGGAAGUUUUUUAAAUGAAACGUUUUAUUAAGCUAAAGUGUCGUUUUUUAUGAAACAUCACAUGUAACACCCUGCUGUUUGACAGUCUGCUGGGAUACGAGUUCUCCGUGGCGUGAAAAACAGCAAUGAAUAGGAAGUAGCAGUCCUCUGCUUCGUUGUAAUGUUUAUGCAACGUUUUAUCAGGGCUAAGAUGUUUACACCGCUGCUUGUUUCCACUUUAACGUUAUUGUUCCCUCUCGGUCAUACAUCACUGCCUCUUGUUAUCAAUACGUGGCCAUUUAGGAAUGCAACGGCUGCAGCAUGGAGCACCCUGCAGUCUGGUGGCUCAGUGUUGGAUGCAGUGGAGAAGGGCUGUGCCCGCUGUGAAAUGGAGCAGUGUGAUGGCAGUGUAGGAUAUGGCGGGAGCCCAGAUGAGUCUGGAGAGACCACACUGGAUGCCAUGAUCAUGAAUGGGGACACAAUGGAGGUGGGUGCAGUUGCAGACCUGAGAAGAAUCAAGAAUGCCAUUGGAGUAGCAAGAGCAGUGAUGGAGCUCACUGAUCACACACUGCUAGUGGGAGAGUCAGCUUCUGUGUUUGCUGAAAACAUGGGCUUCAUUGCCGAAGACCUGACUACCAACAAAUCUGUGAAUAUUUUCUCACAGUGGCUGAAGGGCAACUGCCAACCUAAUUAUCGAAAGAAUGUAUUUCCAGAUCCUUCUAAGUCCUGUGGACCCUACAAGCCAGCAGUGACACUGAAACAGAGGAGGAGGGCACAGCAUGCUAACACACACUCCCAUGACACCAUAGGGAUGGUUGCUCUUGAUCAACAAGGUCACGUGGCUGCGGGCACAUCCACCAAUGGACUAACUCACAAAGUUCCAGGUCGUGUUGGGGACUCUCCUAUAGUUGGAGCAGGGGCUUACGCAGACAGCUCUGCUGGUGGUGCUGCUGCUACUGGAGAUGGAGACGUCAUGAUGCGCUUUCUACCAAGUUACUUGGCUGUGGAGCUGAUGAGGGCCGGGGCAGAUCCCUCGGCAGCCUGCAAGACGGCCAUUUCCAGAAUCAAGAGGCAUUACUCAGAGUUCUUUGGAGCCAUCAUCUGUGCUAACACAACAGGCCAUUAUGGUGCGGCCUGUAACAAAGUCUCUGGCUUCUCCCAGUUUCACUACAUGGUAUCAAACUCUGAGUCAGACGCACCGCUCCUGAAAUCUGUGGACUGCUUCUAAACGGUUUAUGAUUGUGUGAAUCUAUUUUAUGUACUUAAAUUAAUUAACAGUCCUCAUACUGUAUUUUACUGUUGAUCAUUUUGGUUUUAAGUCAUAAAUAAAACAUAAUUAGAAAAGGGGGAAAAAAAGAAUUUGUCACUUAAAAUGUUAAUUGUUGCUGCUUUGACUUGUUCAGAUUCUUUAUUAGAUUUCUCCUGAUAAUUUUGAAAUUUACAUCUUUAUAAUAUUAACAUAGUACAAAUUAAAUGCAAAUAGACACUGGAUUAGAUACAAUAUUUUUGCACAAGAACAAUAUUGGGCAUGAUCUGAAGAUCAAUUAUAUUUGAUAGAUAUUUUCUAUUAAAUUUGUAUUUCUGGACAGACAUAUCUGUGUAUUUCACAAAUAUAACGAUAAGUAAG